AUGUCGAGUCCAGAACCCAUUGCCAUCAUUGGCUUCUCCUGCCGCCUUCCCGGUGGCAACUCCAAUCCUCGCAAGCUUUGGGACUUUCUUGAGCGAGGCGGUAUUGCGUCAAACAAGGUCCCCAAGAACCGCUUCAACAUUGAUGCCCACUGGGAUGGGUCACACAAGCCCAGGACCAUGCGCCCGCUUGGCGGCAUGUUCCUAGAAGACCACGAUCCCGCCGACUUUGAUGCGUCCUUCUUUGAGAUUUCCAAGACGGAUGCCAUUGCCAUGGAUCCCAAUCAGAGACAGAUGCUCGAAGUAGUAUUUGAAGGAUUAGAAAAUGCGGGCGUACCCCUCGAGAAACUAGAUGGCGCUCCCGUGGGAUGCUUUGUUGGCUCUUUCGCAUCAGACUAUGGCGACAUGCAAGGCCGAGAUCCAGACGACCGCCCGGCCAACAUCACCGUUGGUGUCGGCCGCGCCAUCCUGGCCAACCGCCUCAGUCAUUUCUUAAACAUCAAAGGUCCCAGUAUGACGAUAGAUACGGCCUGCUCAGGCUCCCUCGCUGGCCUGGACGUGGCCUGCCGAUACUUGAAGACCGGUGAGAUUGAUGCUGCUAUUAUUGCGGCGAGCAAUCUCUACCUCAACCCAGAACACGUCAUGGAUAUUGGCGCAGUGGGAAACGCACAUUCUCCCACAGGUCUCUGCCACACCUUUGACAUCUCGGCCGACGGAUACGUCAAGGCUGAAGCUGUCAGCUCCAUCAUAAUCAAGCGCCUAUCUGAUGCCAUUCGAGACGGCGACCCUGUGCGAGCAGUCAUUCGCGGCUCGUCUACAAAUAGUGAUGGCCGCACGCCAGGUAUUGCGAGCCCUAGCGCCGAAGCACAGGCGGUUGCCAUUCGCGCGGCGUACGCGAAUGCCGGCAUCACCAACUUGAAUGACACAGCCUAUCUGGAAUGCCACGGAACAGGAACACAGGCCGGCGAUCCCACCGAAGUUAGAGGCGCCGCGUCAGUCUUUGCUGCUUCUCGCCCGGAUGAUAAGCCUCUUAUUAUCGGUUCAAUCAAAAGUAACCUGGGCCAUGCAGAGCCGGCAGCAGGCAAUUCCGGCUUGAUCAAGGCGGUGCUGGCGAUUGAAAAUGGCCGCAUUCCUGGCAACCCAACUUUUGAGAACCCUUCUCCCAAGAUCGAUUUCGCCGGAUGGAAGGUCCAAGCCAGUCGCUACACAAUGCCUUGGCCCAAUGCCGCUCUCCGACGUGCCAGUGUCAACUCGUUUGGUUACGGAGGCUCCAACGUCCAUGUUGUAAUUGAGCAACCUGCUUUAGAGUACAAGCCCCGCCAUGUAUCUUCUUAUCUCUCGGAAGACGCAGAGCUAGAUUUCGAUGACGAGCUGGACGACGGCCGCCUCCACACUCUGGUUCUGUCCGCCAACGACGAGGCGUCCCUACGAUCCAAUAUCCGUGCCCUUUCCAACCACCUCAUCAACCCUCGCGUGAAGGUCAGCCUCCCUGACUUGGCUUACACGCUUGGCGAGAAGCGCUCCGCAUUUUUCCACAGGGCGUUUCUCUCCACAAACACGACAGACUUGGACGAGAAUGCGUUCGUCUUGGGCAAGCAGCAGUCUGAGAAGCCGCGCAUUGGCUUCGUCUUCACCGGACAGGGAGCGCAGUGGCCGCAGAUGGGCAAAGAGCUGCUGGAAUUGUUUCCGUGGACGCGCAAUAUUCUGGAAGAGCUUGAUGCAGUUUUGCAACAGCUUCCAAGCCCCCCUGCUUGGUCACUGAUUGACGAGUUGACACAAGCUCGCGCUGCGGAACACCUUCGACAGCCAGAGUUCUCUCAGCCUCUCGUGACUGCUCUUCAGCUCUGCAUCCUGGCUGUUCUGGAGUCGUGGGGUGUCUCUCCCCAGAGCGUCAUUGGCCACUCGUCGGGCGAAAUUGCAGCUGCUCAUGCUGCCGGCUUCCUCAGUCGCGCAGAUGCCAUCGUCGCCGCUUUCUAUCGCGGCCGUGCUGCGGUCAACCGCAAAACUGACGUUGCCCAGAACGUCGGCAUGCUUGCAGUCGGCCUUGGAGGAGACGCAGUCCGGCCGUACUUGGAAGCACACGUGGGUGAUGCUUGGGUAGCGUGCUACAAUAGUCCCGGAAGCGUCACAAUCUCGGGCAAAGUUGAAGCCCUCGAAUCGCUCGCGCAGAGCCUCAAGAACGAUUCACAUUUUGCUAGGCUGCUUCAGGUCGAUCUGGCGUACCACUCAGAGCUAAUGGGUGUUAUUGGCGAAGAAUAUGAGACCCUUCUGCGAGGAAGCAGCUUCAGCUCUUCCGAGGGCCACAGCCACGUCUCCAUGUUCUCUUCCGUCACUGGGAAGAAAAAGACGGACGCCGCGGAUGCUCUCUACUGGAAGACUAACAUGGUAUCUCCGGUGCAGUUUAGCGAAGCCGCUCAGGAAAUGCUUACUUCCCCCAGUGGCCCGACGGUGCUGGUCGAAAUCGGUCCGUCUGGCGCUCUGGCCGGUCCCAUCUCUCAGAUCAAAAAGGCCCUUGAGAAACAAGACAGUGAUGUGGGCUACAUCCCUGCCUGGUCUCGCGGAAACGGUGCUGGCAAGGCACUGUUCGACGCCGCCGGCCGCCUCUUCGUGGCCGGGUACCCAGUCGACCUGGCCAAGGUCAACGAGUACCAGCAGCCAUCCACCAUUGUCGACCUGCCCAACUAUUCCUGGAACCACUCCAUCAAAUACUGGCACGAGAACGCCGCGAGCAAGGACUGGCGGUUCAAAAAGUACACGUCGCACGACCUGCUCGGCAGCAAAGUCCUCGCCACCUCGUGGCAGGCGCCGAGCUGGAGGGCGCACCUCAACCUGGACAAUGUGCCCUGGCUCAAGGACCACAAGAUGGGCGCCGACGUCCUCGUCCCGGGCUCAGGCUUCAUCUCCAUGGCCCUCGAGGCCAUCUGGCAGAAGCACAAGGCUGUGGAGCCGGCUGCUGCAGACGUCGCUGCCAUCAAUGACCUGGCCUACCGAUUCCGCAACGUCAAGUUUGAAAAGGCUCUGGUUCUCGAGGAGGGCAAAGAUACCGAGGUUCUGCUGUGGCUGAACCAACAGCCAGGUAGCAAAGCUUGGCACGAAUUUGUCAUUUCCUCGACAACGGCAGACGACUUUCGCAUUGACCAUUGCUCUGGUCUGGUCCGGGUGCAAGACGAAGUGUCCGACUCUAUUCCUGAAGGCCAGAAUGGCGAGCUCGCUCAUCCUACCUCUGGGCACUUAUGGUACAAGGCACAGUCGGAGAUUGGUUACGGAUUCGGGCCUUCGUUCCAGAAGCUCAAGCAGGUCGAGUCUCUCAGCGGUAGUCGCAAAGGCCGUGCCAUUGUCGCUCUGGAGCCACCGGCUUCGAAAUGGAAUCCUCAGUCUUACUAUCCCAUCCACCCAGCGUCGCUUGACGGCUGUUUCCAAACAGUCACACCAUCACUGUGGUCGGGCGAGCGAAGCUCAAUCAACGCAGUUGUCGUGCCGUCGGUGCUGGACGAUCUCGUCAUCAACAAGGUGCCCCGCGAUCUCCAGAACGGCUUGUCGCUAGCCAACUCUGAGUACUCUGGACGUGGUCGUCUUUCCGAGGCCAAGAGCUACCAGUCCAACUGUACGGUGUAUGACCCACAGACUGGCAAGCUCAUCGCUCGCAUGUCUGGUCUUCACUUUGCCGAGCUAAACACCGAUGCCAAGGUCGAUCCGCACACCUUUGAUGAGAUUUCCUGGAAGCCCGACAUCAGCCUCCUCUCGGGCCAGCAGCUUUCCGCUCAGCUACUGGGACUCGAAGCCGUGGAAGGUAUCAAUACCACCAUUGAUCUCGUCGCACACAAGACUCCUGCUCUCAAGGUUCUCGAGAUUAACCUCGAUGCCACUGAUGCAUCGUCGCUCUGGUUCGAUGCAGAGCAGGAAUCUUUCUCUGCGCGCUCUGCUUAUGCAGAGUAUGCCGUGGCCACGGUCGGUGGACCUAGCCUUGUUGACCUUCAGACAAGGUACGAGGGCAAGAGAAACACUUCGUUCUUUCUCUUGAGCGAAACCAAGGAGAAUCUUGGCCUGGAUCCAGCUGCUUACGGUCUGAUUAUUGUCAAGAUUGGGGAAAAUAACUCGGGCAAUCUUCUACAAUCAAUCGAGUCGCUGUUGUCUCAGAGCGGUGCUUACACUCUUAGCGUCCAGGGCAAUAUUUCUGACUCGCCGGGUGCAACGUCAUCUUCCGAGUCUGGUUCGAUUCCAUCCGCGGCUACUCGGUCGCCAGAGAUCCUGGAGACGCCGCAUGCAACCGCUACUCUUGGGCACAGCAUCAAUACCUCCGUUUCCGAGAGCCCACUACCAGGGCAGGAUACCAACGCCGGGAUCAAGGGUCUCGCGCUCGACAUUGCUCUUCAAGAGAAAUUUUCCAUAUCUACCAGCAAGAUAUACACCGCUUCUGAGCUUCCAGGACUUGGGUCUCCCGUCGAGAUUGCCUCUACCGAUAGUGUUGUCGCGCAUUUGUACACUCCGAGCAUCGUCGAAGCGGAGGGCGCCACCCAAAAGCUGUCGAUUGUCAGCUUCUCUGAGAAGGCUUCGAUACUCGAUACCAGCCUUGCAGCCUCUCUGCAGGCUUCUGGGUGGACCAUCACAAACCAUGGGCUUCCUCUCAGCAAACCUGUCGACGGCAGCAUUGUGCUUGUUCUCGACGAGCUCCAAUCGCCUCUUCUGAGAGACAUCUCGCAAGAACAGUGGACGUCCCUGCAAACACUCGUCAGCUAUGGCAAUCCCAUCCUCUGGCUGACUCAGGGUGCGCAGUUGAAUGUGACAAACCCUGAUACUGCCCUUGCUCCUGGACUAUUCCGCGUCAUUCGUAUGGAAGACCAGAGCGCCCAACUCACCACCUUGGAUGUCGAGUCCGCUGCUGGCCCGGCCACGGAUGCGGCCAUUACGCACAUUCUGAGCCGGCUGCGCCAGCCGCGCUCAAAGGAAUUCGUUGAAACCGAAUUUGCAGAGAGAAGCGGCAUCAUUCACGUUCACCGCGUCGUCCCCGAUGUCGCGGUCAACAAGUUCAAGUCUGUUGAGAAACUUGGCGCUGAGCUGGUCGUUCAGGACCUUCAUGCUACCGAUGCCGAGGUGUCGCUCCGAGCUGAGCGCAUGGGCACCUUUGAUGCUUUGGCUUGGGCCGAGACUUCUGCUGACCCAGUGCCGGUGGAAGAGGGACGCAUCGAGGUCGAGGUUGUCGCCGCCGGUGUCAACUUUAAAGAUGUGGCCGUCACUAUGGGCAUUGUUCCCGAGAACGAAUACACGCUUGGCUAUGAGGCUUCGGGUGUCGUGAAGCGACUCGGCCCUGGCGUGACCAAGUUCAAAGUUGGCGAUCGCGUCUGCUUCCUGAACAACGGCAGCUACGCCAACCGCCUGCAGGUGCCCUUCCAGCGCGCGCACGUCUUCCCAGACAACAUGAGCUUUGAAGAGGCGGCUACCAUCCCGUCCGUCUAUCUCGCGUCCAUCUACUCGCUGUACCACCUCGGCAACCUGCGAUCGGGCCAGACCGUAUUGAUCCACUCCGCCACGGGCGGUGUUGGCAUCUCUGCCAUUCAGCUCGCCGAGCACAGGGGUGCCGAGGUCUUUGUCACAGCUGGCACAGACGAGAAGCGAGAGUUUCUGGCCAAGAAUUAUGGUAUCGCUAGAGAUCACAUCUUUUCCUCGCGCAACACAGACUUUGCGGCGGGCAUCAAGAAGUUGACGGGCGGCCGCGGCGUGGAUGUGGUCCUCAACUCGCUGACUGGCGAGAUUCUGGACGAGUCCUGGCGCAUCACUGCUGACGGUGGCACAUUUGUCGAGAUUGGCAAGAAGGAUAUUGUUGAUCGCAACUCGCUCUCCAUGGAGCCGUUUGAUCGCAAUUGCUCGUUCCGCGCCAUGGACUUUUCCUACACCAAGGAUAUCUCUCUCCCAUUGAUCGAAAAGCUACUCGACGAAAUCUUUGAGCUGGUAAACGCGGGUCGUGUCAAGCCCAUCCAGCCCAUUACCACCUUUGGCUUUGACGACAUCCCAUCUGCUCUGGCUCAUAUUCGCAGCGGUCGGCACAUUGGUAAGGUGGUCAUCUCUAGCGGACAGCAUGUCCCCGUCGAGGUCCCUAUUCGACCCGCCGUACGGAAGCUUGCUCUCGACCCGGCGGCCUCGUACUUGAUUGUCGGUGGCCUCAAGGGUCUCUGCGGCAACUUGGCCAUUCACAUGGCCAAGACUGGGGCACGCCGCAUCAUUGUCUGCUCCAGAAGCGGACUGCAGGAUGCUGCCUCACAAAAGACUGUGGCAAACUGCGCCGCUUAUGGCUGUGAGAUUGUCGAGGCAAAGGGUGAUGUUGCAGACGAAACCUUUGUCCGCAAGAUUUUCCAGGAGGCUUCUCCGACCAUUUCAGGUGUCAUCCAGGGUGCCAUGAUUCUCAGGGAUAAACCAUAUGAGACUAUGACGUUUGAGGAGUACCACGCCGCGAUCCACGCCAAGAUCCAAGGCACCUGGGCGCUUCACCGGGCGUCUCUCGACCAGCCCAAAAACCUCGACUUCUUCACCCUGCUCUCCAGCAUCUCCGGCAUCGUCGGCAAAAAGGGCCAGUCCAACUACUCCGCCGCCAACACCUUUCUCGACUCCUUUGCCUACUACCGCCAGUCGCUGGGCCUGCAGGCCAACGCCGUCGAUCUGGGUCUGAUUGAGGACGUCGGCUACGUCGCCGAGCAGGGCGGCAUGGACAGCCACUUUGACAAGCGCCAGUGGACGCCCAUCCUGGAGGGCACGCUGCGCAGCAUCCUCGACUACUCGAUCCUGCAGCAGACGGGUCGGCCCCUCAACCCCAUCAGCGCGCCGCAGCUGGUGACCGGCAUCGGCUACCCGCUGCCCGACGACUCGGACCUCAAGAGGGAGGCGCGCUUCAGCUACCUCUUCAGCCAGGCCGGCGGCGCCGACGGCGCAGGCAAGGAGGGCGGCAGCAAGGGCGACCAGGACAUUCGCGCGCUGAAGCUGAUGCACCAGUCCGGGGCGACGGGCGCGCCGCUCGUGAAGCUCGCGACGAAGCUCCUGUCGACGCAGAUUACAAAGAUUCUGCGCCUCGAGACGGAGCUCGAGCCGGCCAAGUCCCUCAUGGCGUAUGGUGUAGACUCGCUCGCUGCGGUGGAGCUGAGGAAUUGGGUGCGCUCGGAGCUGGGCGCGGAGCUGUCGACGCUGGACAUUACCAAUGCCAGCUCCUUGAUUGCGCUGUGUGAGAAGCUUGUGCUGAAGCUGCCGGCAGCUUAG